GCUCUGUGUGUGCAGGGGGAGGAGGGUCCUGGCCGGCCGCCUUCCCCCGAUCUCGCUGUGCUCUAUGUGAGGGGAUCGGGGAGCUGAUGUGCCUGGGCAGGGGCGGCGGCGGCGGCGCCGCUGCUGGCGGAGGAGAAGGAGGCUAGCGGGGUUGCGGGCUGUCCGGCGGGCCCGGGCCGGGGGGAUGCAGCGGAGCGUGGGCCGGGGGGGAGCUGAGCGGAGAAGGAAGGCAGCAGCCGCCGCCGCCGCCCGGAGAGGCCGAGGAGGAGCGGAGCGGAGCAGCCGUGACAUGCCUUUCCCUCUGCCACCUCUCCAGCGGCCAUGUUAGCCAGGAAAGCCUCGGCGAGCGCGGCUGCGGGAGCUGCCUACCCGGCGGGCAGGGGAGGGGAAAGUGGCCGCCAACUGCAGUCUUCCCCGAGCAUCGGAGCCGGGGGAUCCCGGACGGGAGCUGGGACCGGCCCGCCAUCACCCAUCGCCUUGCCGCCGCUUAGGUCCAGCAACACCGCCCACACGGUUGGAGGCAAUAAGCACACAAUGAAUGAGCACCUGCACGUUGGUAGCCACGGACAGAUUCAGGUUCAACAGCUGUUUGAAGAUAAUAGUAACAAGAGGACAGUUCUAACAACACAACCAAAUGGGCUUGCAGCAGUAAGCAAAUCUGGAUUGUCAGUGGUGCCGGACAGACAGAUAGACAGUUCUCAUAGACGACAGGGGAGCUCCAGUUCUUUAAAAUCGACAGAUGGAACAGGGAAGGUGAAAGCCUCUUUUAUGACACCAGAGCAAGCAAUGAAGCAAUACAUGCAAAAACUAACAACCUUUGAGCAUCAUGAAAUUUUCAAUUACCCUGAAAUAUACUUUUUGGGUCCAAAUGCAAAGAAGCGGCCAGGUGUGAUUGGAGGUCCAAACAAUUCCGGUUAUGAUGAUGACCAGGGGUCUUACGUGCAAGUACCCCAUGAUCAUAUUGCAUACAGGUAUGAGGUCCUGAAAGUAAUAGGGAAAGGAAGUUUUGGGCAAGUUGUGAAGGCUUAUGAUCACAAGACCCAUCAACAUGUGGCGUUAAAAAUGGUGAGAAAUGAAAAACGUUUCCACCGCCAAGCUGCAGAAGAAAUUAGAAUUCUGGAGCACCUAAGGAAACAGGAUAAGGAUAACAACAUGAAUGUUAUUCACAUGCUGGAAAACUUUACAUUCCGCAGCCAUAUCUGCAUGACAUUUGAGUUGCUGAGCAUGAACCUUUAUGAGCUAAUAAAGAAAAACAAAUUUCAGGGCUUCAGCCUGCCAUUGGUCCGUAAGUUUGCCCACUCUAUUUUACAGUGCUUAGAUGCUUUGCACAAAAAUAGAAUCAUUCACUGUGACCUUAAACCAGAGAACAUUCUGUUGAAGCAACAGGGUAGAAGUGGUAUUAAAGUUAUUGAUUUUGGCUCUAGUUGUUAUGAGCAUCAACGUGUCUAUACUUACAUUCAAUCACGUUUCUACCGUGCUCCGGAAGUGAUCCUGGGUGCUCGUUAUGGGAUGCCUAUCGAUAUGUGGAGCUUGGGCUGCAUUCUAGCAGAGCUUUUAACAGGUUACCCGCUCUUACCUGGAGAAGAUGAAGGGGACCAACUGGCUUGUAUGAUAGAGCUACUGGGCAUGCCCUCCCAAAAACUACUGGAUUCAUCCAAACGAGCCAAAAAUUUUGUGAGCUCUAAAGGUUAUCCCCGUUAUUGUACCAUUACCACGUUGUCUGAUGGUUCUAUAAUACUCAAUGGUGGCCGCUCCCGAAGGGGAAAAUUGCGUGGCCCACCAGAGAGCCGAGAGUGGGGGAACGCGUUAAAGGGAUGUGAUGAUCCCCUCUUCCUUGACUUCUUAAAACAGUGUUUAGAGUGGGAUCCUGCUAUACGUAUGACACCCAGCCAGGCUUUACGGCAUCCCUGGCUUAGGAGACGUUUGCCAAAGCCUCCAACUGGAGAGAAGACAUCGGCAAAACGAAUAACAGAAAGCACUGGUGCUAUAACGUCAAUUUCCAAGUUACCUCCAACAUCAAGCUCGGCUUCAAAACUUAGGACUAAUUUGGCACAGAUGACAGAUGCCAAUGGGAAUAUUCAGCAGAGAACAGUGUUGCCAAAACUUGUUAGCUGAGUUUGAAUAACCCAAUGCUGGUCAUAUGAGAAUUCUACAUUGCUGAGCCUUAUUCGUAAGAAAAAGUAGCUCAGAUUUUUAUUUGCUCAAUAACUUUAUUCAUUUGUAUCUUUUCAGCACUCAUUUUAAAUGUAAGAAAUGUUGAUUUUGUUUUUAUAAAAAUAUGGGGACAAUGCUUUAAGUUUUUAUACUUAUUUUUAAAAGUGUUUGUUUUCUAAAGUACAAUUAGCCUUACUGUAAUUAGUGUGGUACAGUAAUAAACAUCAGUGGCAGGCCACUGGUUACAACACAACUGUCAUGCAUUACAGCUUAGUGUCAAAGGUGUUAACCAUUUUUUUCCGCAUGGUCCAUAUUAGUUUUCCCUUGGGCAGAGGUGAAAGUGGGCCGGUACGGGGUACCGGCCCGUACACAGCUGACAUUAAAGCGCUUUAACAUCACUGUCCAUUUUGCCCCCCCCCCGGGCUGCCAACGGGGGAGCAAAAGGGGCAGCUGCCCCAGGGCCUGGUGAUUUAAAAGGGCCAGGGGCUCCUGGCUUCCGCUACUGCAGCAGUGGCCGGAGCUCCAGGCCCUUUAAAUUGCCACUGGAGCCCCGGGUGGUGUGGGCCAGGCAGUGUGGAAGGGCUGGCUGUGGGAGGCUGACCCCUCCAGUCCCGCCCCUUCCACCUGAGGCCCCGCCCCUUCUGGGGGCCCAGAGCCAGGCCCCUGUACUGGUAAAUCUUUUAUCUUACUUUCACCCCUGCCCUUGGGUUAGAUUUGCAAUACUCUUCCUUCUCUGAAUUCAUUUACAGAUAUAGGUCCUGAUCCUACAAACACUUACACAAGUGCUUAAUUUGAUGCCGGUGGGUCUAGUCACAUGAGUACAGUCAAGCACCUGUGGAAGUGUUUGCAGAAUUGGGGCCAUAGCAUGUUUUCAUUUUCCAUAUAGAAGCUUGGAAAAAAUGAUAUUUUGUAACAAUGAUAUAGCUACAUCCUAUAGAUUUUUUGAAAAGGAAAAACAACAUUAAUGAUUAAAACAAAUGCUCAAAUGUAAGUCAAAAAAAAGAAAAAGAAGAAGCCGUGUCCAGCACUAAAAUUGACAUUCAUACUAUGUAUAAAAGAGAGAGAUGAGCAGACAGUGGGAGGAUAAAUGAAGGUGGGAAUACGUGUGUUCCUCUAAAACUUAACAUGACAGAUGAGCUACUUUCUAUAGAUGAAGUUAUAUAAAGCAAAAUAUUUUGCACAUAAUUUUAGGUGUACAACCUAUAUUCAUGUUUGGUUUCCUUUUUUUCUCAUGUUUUCUUCUCUCACUGCUUAAGUGCAGCUAGGCCUCCCUAUAUCACACAUUCAGAGUUAUUUCCUCUGUCAUUUUCAUACUGUAUCUUCCAGACUGUUAAUGCAACACAAAUUUCACAGAUUUUUUUUUCCAGAUAAUCUGUCUGAUGGAUUAUGAAUUCUUUGGCACAUUUUAACUUCAGAGCAAAUCAGUGUACAAUGGCAAAUGUUGUUUUGCUCCUUCAAGAUAACUAUUCAUUUUUAGAAAACAAGACACCAGACAAGAAAACCACUAACCUGAAGAUUGUUAAUUCUGAGCAUCUGCAAGUGUUAAUUGUUUCCUCAAUGGAAUGAUUGGAAGACAUAAACUUAAUCAGUGAAAUAAACGGAUGCACUUCAUCUCUAAGGGAAAAAACAUUAAGGAAAAGAUAAGUGGUUUGAAUUAAUCUUUAGCAUGGUAGCUGAAGAGAACUUUGAAGGAACAGUAGAAAUUUAAGUAGAUUUGUGUGUGUGUGUUUUUUUGUUUUGUUUUGUUUUUAAAACUGCACUCAGAGAAGGAAGAUGGUCUUUUUCAAUGAGUGAUUGCUAGAGUUAGGAUGAGAAUGGUGACACAUGUAAUAUGUUUUCACUAGUAACAGUUUGUAAAAUCAGUAUUAUGUAACAAGCAAUGACCGUGAUCUACCUUGGAUGUAUAAAGUACAUGAAAAGGAAAUUUUGAAGAAAGAACAUAAUCUAGAAGGAUUUGCGGAUGUCAGAACGAGAAGUUUGGGUGGGUUGCAUAAAACGUCAAUAACUUUAUUAUAAACAAUGUUUAUAUGCACCGAUUGCAUUAAAUUACUUGUAAAAGUUAUUAAAAAUACUUAAAGCAUGGUCCCCAGAGAGGCCAAGAAAGUUUCCGGUUAAGUUCUCAUUCAUAUUCAUUCAGAUUUUUCAUUUAAAAAUAAAGCAACGUAAGUUUUAUUUAACUUAAGAUUCUGGGGGCGAGGUAUGGAGAAGAAAUGACACUAUUCUCAGGAAACAUAUAAUACAACUAUUUGCCAAAAAGUCAGUACACAAAGAAAUCCUGAAAAUUAAUUUCUGAUAAAGGAUGGUGUUUAUUGAUGAUUGAUAACUUUAAACAUUUGAACACUGAUAAACUAAUUUUUCUUACUAUAUUUUUAAAAUGAUAGUUUCCUGCCUCUUGUCAAAUUUUAAAUUAUUUAGAAAGUGUUAAAUGUAAACAAUUUUAUACAAUAUGUGGAAGUGCAAUAUAUAAACAUGUAUGGAAUCAUAUUCAAAAAUGAAAUAUAAUACAAAUAGGUAACAGUGGCUUCUGGAAUCUAAAUAUCUGGUGAUUGACAAUUGGUAAUUUCUAGGUCUGGAAAAACAUUUAUUUACAUGUAAAAUAAACCAGUUAAGCUCCUACCCCCCAGCUGUUUAGGAAAUCAGCAAGGGAUAAAACAGGAAUUCCAUUAUGUUAGAAAAAAUUAUUUCCCCCCAUAUAUUUUUUAAAUUAAACAUUGGAACCUGUACUUGCCUUUAAUGUAAAUUUAAGGUGAAAAUAUACAUAAUGUUCAUGUUUCAUUAGUAGACUAAAACCACUACAUUUUAUUUUUCAUGUAACUGGUUUUUUAAAUGCCAAUAAUGCAUUUGUGAUUGACAUUAUUCAUAAAUGCUACCGGAAACUUUUAAGCCAAAAUAUAGUGUGCGGAGCUAUUUUUAACCCAAAUACAGUAAACUUCCUCUACAUUUAAAAGAGCAGCUAUAUUAUGGAUUUUAGUGAUAUAGCUCUUGUUAUUGUAGCUUAUUUAUAAACGUAAAAAGGAGGGGGGGGAGAAACUGAUAUUGCCUCUUGCUUUGAUGUGAUUUAAUGAGAAGGGCUCUGAUAAUUAGGCUGAUAGAAGUGGCUUGGAAACAGUGCUUAGUCUCACAUGUUACCAUUGUCUAGAGAUGUCUGAGCUAUUUUCAGAUUUAGUAAUAGCACAGUGUUGUCUUGUCUUUGGUUGCAGUCUCAUUUGGCUCAGUUUCAUGCACCACUGGAGUGUUCAUUACCACUUAAGUGUAUUGGAACAACAGAGUGAUGCAAGAUGUGUAGAUUAACAACACAGGAUAAAUUGUGCUCUUGGUGUUAACAAUGUGCCUUUUGUUAUAAAUGCCAUGUUGUAGGGCAGACAUCUUGGCCUCUUUAACCCUUUGAAUACUAGAUAAUAAGGAUGAAAUCUAUUUUUAAAUGCUAUAUCUAUCUUAAAACAUCCUGUUCGUUUUCAAGGCCUUAAUAGAAAACAUAAGGCAAUCACACUAUGUUGGAUAAAACAUUCUGUUAUUGUAGUAACUUCUAUGUUGCUUAAGGGGUUAAAGAUGGCACUUCAUGGUUAGUUGUAUCUUAACAUCAGACUGGUUGUUUUAAUGUGUUUUUGUUAUGAUAACACUAGCAGAAAUCAACUGUAUUUGUAAAAAUUUACCUCAAACUGUUUAAUUUUAUAGUGUGAUUUAAUCCCAGGGCAUUUGGUAUGAACCAAAGUGCAUUCCUUUUAUAUGUGCCUGGCUCUAAUAAAGAUGGCCAGGGAUUUUUACAAUUUGGGUGCAAGGCACUUAAGCCACUUUUAACUUGGUGGGUGGUUUGGAGCGAUAAAGGACUCCAUAAGAAUGUUAAAACACUUUAGACAUAAGUAGCAUUGGGCUAUAUUUGAAUCUUUAGGAACGUGUGUGCAUUAUUUGAUACUCUUCAUUUUUGUAACACUUUUUUUUCCCCAUCAAGAAUAUUUCUGGCAAGUAGGAGACUUUUUUUUUUUUUUUUAAAUUCUUGCUGUCGGUAAAGAUUUUAAUAUUGCCCAACCUGAUGCUGCGGUAGCAUUUAAAUAAAAAAAAAGCAUUUGUGAAUUAUUGUUUGUAGGGGCUUGUACAUCUCUGCUACAAAUUGUAAUUACUCGGCUCAACUGCUACAAUUACGUCUAAGCAGUAGCUUGGGUUUGUAUUGAGCAACGACUUAGACACGUGACUGUAAUAUGCUGCAACUGUGUGUACUGAAAACGUGAAAAAUGAUUGAAUGUGGACUGUAUAUAUGUUUGUAUAAUUUUCUGUGAGAUGCUGCUGUCGCCACUUAACAUUAAAUAUGUUGUAGUGGAUUUUAAUCCUAGUGGCCAGUUUUAUGAUACUGUAUGUAUUGUACAGCUGAUGACAGGAGUAAGAUUGUUUUAGUGCAUAUUUGUUACAGUUUAUUGUUGUGGCCAGAGAUCAUUUCAGAAUAAAACUUUAUGUCCUACUUUU